AUCCUCUCUAUCUCUCUCUCUAGCGCAGACGCAGUCCAAAAACUUUCCUUUCCCGUCUUUGUUUCAUCCUUGCUUAACGGGCGACGGCAGUGCUCGGCAGGAGAAAUCAGAGAAGAGUUCGGUGGGUGAGCGAUGGGAGGUUGUUUUCCCUGCACCAGACCCCCAAAGAACGACGGGAAGGACCAGAUCUCACCAGCGUCAGAAAAGUUGGAAUCAAAAUCAUCAUCUGCAGAUUUGAAGAAACAAAACUCACUGAAGGAAAAACAGAUCUCCAGCAGUACUUCCGGGAGGAUCGCCGCUCAGACGCUUACGUUUCGUGAAUUGGCUGCAGCAACUAGGAAUUUUAGAGCUGAUUGCCUCUUGGGGGAAGGUGGAUUUGGUCGAGUUUAUAAAGGAAAAUUGGAAAGUAGCAACCAGGUUGUUGCUAUAAAGCAGCUUGAUCGCAAUGGCUUACAAGGGAACAGGGAAUUUCUCGUCGAAGUUCUGAUGUUAAGUCUUCUUCACCACCCUAAUCUUGUUAAUCUUAUUGGAUAUUGUGCUGAUGGAGAUCAAAGACUUUUGGUUUAUGAAUACAUGGCAUUAGGAUCCUUGGAGGAUCAUCUUCACGAUCCUUCCCCAGAUAAGAAGUGGCUUGAUUGGAACACUAGAAUGAAAAUAGCUGCAGGUGCGGCAAAAGGAUUAGAGUAUUUGCAUGAUACUGCAAGUCCUCCUGUAAUUUAUCGUGAUUUAAAAUGCUCCAAUAUCCUUCUCGAUGAGGAUUAUAAUCCCAAGUUAUCAGAUUUUGGCUUGGCAAAGCUAGGCCCUGUUGGCGAUAACACUCAUGUGUCAACAAGAGUGAUGGGCACUUAUGGGUAUUGUGCUCCCGAAUAUGCAAUGACUGGACAAUUGACGCUAAAGUCUGAUGUUUAUAGCUUUGGAGUUGUUCUUUUAGAGCUUAUCACGGGGAGACGGGCUAUUGACAAUUCUAGAGCUGCAGGGGAGCACAAUCUUGUUGCAUGGGCACGACCGUUGUUUAGAGACAGGAGGAAAUUUGCUCAGAUGGCUGAUCCAAUGCUUCUGGGACACUACCCGGUUCGAGGCUUAUACCAGGCGCUAGCCGUUGCAGCAAUGUGUUUACAAGAGCAGCCUAGCAUGAGGCCUCUGAUAGCGGAUGUCGUCACAGCCCUCACCUACCUAGCUUCACAAUCUAACAACCCCAAGAACCAAAACCAGACCUCUCAAUUGGCAGCUCCGGGAUCACCUCAGACAAGAUUGGACAUGGAAAAAAGACCACGCAAUGGAUCAGAAAGAGAUCGAUUGAGAGCAUCAAAGUGAAAUCACCUGAUAGAUCGCCUUAAGAGUCUAUACUGAUCUCAUCGCAAGAUCAAUCACCUCCAGAACAGUGCCAUGUCCAAAAUGAGAAAAGUCUUACACCAUACAGUUAAUGAGCCUGCUACAAUUGCUGCAUAAACCAACAGGAACCAGAUCCUUUUUCGGUCUACUGAACCAGAUCUUUGUUUAUUUAUUAUCCUCAUGGUUUAUAUGUUGUUUCUAGCCCUUGUAUCUAAGUCCAGUGUUAGACAUCAUAUAUUAUAAUAUCUAGAUUACUUUCGGAAUGUU